UUGCAGGUUGAAGAUGACAGUGAUGCAGAGACCUAUGGAGAAGAGAAUGAUGAACAGGAAAAUUAUUCUAAAAGAAAGAUAGUCUCUAACUGGGAUCGAUAUCAAGAUAUUGAAAAAGAGGUCAAUAACGAAAGUGGAGAAUCACAGAGGGGGACGGAUUUCAGUGUUCUCCUCAGCUCUGCAGGGGACUCCUUCUCACAGUUCCGGUUUGCUGAGGAGAAAGAAUGGGAUGGUGAAGCUUCAUGUCCAAAACAGAAUUCAGCAUUUUACGUGGAUUGUGAGUCACUGGUUCGAGCCCUUCAAGAACUGCCUAUCUCACUCCGACUCAAUGUUGCUGCUGAAUUGGUCCAGACUGCCCUUCCUUUAGAGCUGCCUCAGGUGAAACCAAAGAGAAAUGAUGAAGGCAAGGGACUAGGGAUGCAGUUAAAAGGGCCCUUGGGGCCUGGAGGAAAGGGGUCCAUCUCGGACCUGAAACCUGCUGCUGCUGGCUGCCCCAUGUUCCUGGGUAACGAUAGCCCAAGACCGGGGCCUUCAAAGGGUUCUCAGAAACCCGCUUCCCCGCUGCAGUCAGCAGCAGACCACUUGGAAGAAGAACUAGAUCUGCUGCUUAAUUUAGACGUGCCUGUAAAAGAGGGAGAGAACAUCUUACCAGACCAGAUAUCUCUGGACCUGGAAUCCGAGAAAGAUGGGGAAGUGGCCCAAGAAGAAACAGUUCGUACAAAACCGUCUGUGAUGGAAGAAAAGAACGUGGAAUCUGAGCAACCAAGUACAUCAAAAGAUGUUACCGAGGAAGAGCUUGAAGACUGGUUGGACAGCAUGAUUUCCUAACAAAAAAGAAAAGA